GACCACGUGUCUUUGCAGGGGUGGACCUCAUUGCCGCCUUCUACGGCUGUCUGUACUGCGGCUGCGUGCCCGUCACGGUGCGGCCCCCGCACCCCCAGAACCUCACCACCACGCUGCCCACUGUCAAGAUGAUCGUGGAGGUCAGCAAGUCCGCUUGCGUCCUCACCACACAGGCCAUCAUGCGGCUGCUCAAGUCCAAAGACGCGGCCGCCGCCGUGGACAUCAGGACCUGGCCGACCAUUCUAGACACAGAUGACAUACCAAAAAAGAAGGUGGCGAACAUUUUCAGGCCCCCGUCUCCAGAUGUGCUCGCAUACUUGGACUUCAGCGUAUCAACUACGGGGAUAUUAGCAGGCGUGAAGAUGUCACACGCGGCCACAAGUGCCUUGUGCCGCUCCAUAAAGCUGCAGUGUGAGCUGUACCCCUCGAGGCAGAUCGCCAUAUGCCUUGACCCCUACUGUGGCCUCGGCUUCGCCCUGUGGUGUCUGUGCAGGUGA